AUGCCAGUGCCAGGUCCAAUCCCGGAGCAGAUUGAGGCAUUGCCGAUAACUCCACCCGACAUUUCGGAUUGUUUUGGUGAGAAGUACUUCAAACCCGACAGCCGAGCUAUCAAGAAAGCACUGCAUGUGCUUGCCACUGAAAGAUCGGCAUUGUCCCAUCUUGAAGACCUCUACACCACCUCACCGGACAUCCAAGACUCCCUCCUGAGGGCCAUCAGUCAUAUCAUUCAUUCCGAAUCUCGACACGGCAAGACGGUUUUCACGGGAGUGGGCAAGUCGGGCCACAUUGCGAAGAAACUCGUGGCGACAUUCGUGUCUUUGGGCAUUCACGCACAAUUUUUACAUCCUAUUGAGGCUCUACAUGGCGACCUCGGGGUUAUUCGACCGAAUGACACUAUAGUCAUGAUCACCUUUUCUGGAAGGACUCCUGAACUCUUGUCCCUUCUUCCCUACAUCAGUCCUGCCAUACCAUUGGUCGCGAUGACGGCACAUCUCAAUCCCAACACAUGUCCUCUUCUGUCGCACCCGUGCAGGUCCGGUUCCAGCGACGUUCUUUUGCCGACUACUAUCCCUGAAUCCGAGACCGCGUCGUUUGGAGUGUCCGCACCCACGACGUCCACAACAAUCACUCUCGCAUUGGGCGACAGCUUAGCGUUAGCCAUCGCCGACGAGCUACAUGCGGCGUCGGGGCUUCAAACGCCCGCCAUCUUCGCAGCAAAUCAUCCAGGGGGAGCUAUCGGAGCGGCCUCGAAGCCUUCACCUCAGGAGAUCCCACGGAUGUCGAAUCUUGCAACAAACGUGUCCGAGGUGCCGGUUGUAGCGGGACGACCAGGCCACAUUCUCAUGGGCCUGGAUCUCCUCGUGGCCGCUGUGCGGUCACCCCGGGGUUAUGUGCGAACGUCUGCAAAUCAUAUUGUUGGACCUCGACGGAUUCAAAAUCUGCGGGAUCCCGACCUGCCAAUUUCGGAGCUGCGGGACGAACUUGGCAAAAUCGAAAUCGAGAAAACCGAUUGGAUUUCCGUGCUUAGCACCACCACCGUUGACGAGUGUAAACGAUGGAUUCAUCAGAUGCGAGAAGAAGGCACCGGGCGAGGCAAGGAAUUCCUUCGACGAGGAACCCUGCUCGGCGUUGUUGAGCGUGAUGAGGUCACAGGCAUCGUCGAGAUUGAGGAUGUGAUGGGCGAGGACUUCUUUUGA